AUGUCGUUAAAAGCCUACGAAGAUGCAUGCAUGCGUGCGGAAUUAUUUAAUCAACCUAAGCCAGAGAGAGAAGAAUUUCUAGAGAAACAUAAAUAUUUGGAUGUAAACGAAUUUGAAGAGGUCGAUAUUAAGACAUCUGAGGAAACUGCUAUUUUAAAUGACGGACAGCAGGAAAAUAUUGGUGCUCUGGGUGACAUUGGUGCAUUGUUGACAUCGACGCAUAGUAAAAUAAAUCGUCUCAAGGGCGUGUGUGGAACAGUAACGAAUUUUUUUCGGGUUAAACUAGCAGCCAAAGAUCUAUCGUAUUCUAGUGAACCAAGUUAUAUUGGACAGACGAAUUAUGAUAAAGACUCCAUCCCAUCGGCAAAUUCCGAAUUUUCAUCUGCCAACACUGAUUUAGGACCCAGAGACAAUGAAAUGACGAAUCGCGCGGAAAAGAGACAACAACCGGGAGACAUUAAUACUGCUUUAAAAGAUUUAGAACAAAUGCAAAAAGCUGAAAAUAGCUUUUCUUUUGGUGGUUUGCUUCAGUAG